AUGUCUAACCUUCAGCCACCCUCGGCAGGAGCCCCUCCACCACCUCCCAGUAUCCCUGCUAUAUUCUUACCCUCCGAUGAAGUCCCGAAGCCUCCAUCCUACUUUCCGCUGGCCACCUUGGCCAUCUACGGCGCCUACGCCCUCCGCUGGAACGAAGUAAACGACGAAUUCAACGCAUUCGCCGAACUCCAGAGGGUCAGCUACGUGGUCCUUCUCGGCUUAAAUCCCGAUGGGCUUUAUGACGAGAUUCUUGAGCUUUUGGUUGAGACUGUUUCUGAAGCUAAGGACGCCUUGGUGGCUAACCUUGGAGCCCUAGAGGAAAUCGUCCAUCUCUGGUGUAUUAGGAGUUUGUUUAUGCAUCUCUAGAUCAAAUAUUACCCACCUUCAUAUGUUUGCACCCUUUUCCGCCUCCAUAUUACACUUUGCUCUAGCUAACAUGUGUGAAGAUCAUUUACUAAUAGAUAAGAGAAAUGCUCCUGUUUCGUCGGAGGCAGCAUGUGCAGGGGUACCAAUCAUCUAUUAG